AUGGUCAAUCGUGAGAAAAUCGACACAGUGUUAGCGAGCAUGGGCAAAAUGGUCUCGAAUUUGCAACAGACAUCUUUGGAUGAGUUCGUCCAUAGUGUCAAAUACAACUUCGACUACUAUCGGAUCCAUGCCCGAUUAAAUUACUACAGCAAUUCUAGAAACCCUCGUGUGAUACACACUAAGCUCAAAAAUCAAAAACUCACUUCCUUGCGGACGAACCCUCACGAUCCAUUCUUUGUCAGACCAGGAGAAUUUCUCACAUUGGCAAAGAAAGAACCCGAGGAUAAUGAUUUUGACGAGAUCUUGGAAUACUACAACAAUGCUAGGCCUCGAGGAGUCCACACGGCGCCUACUGGUUCACGUCAACUGGACGGUGAACUCCGGGAAUUGCACACAAAAUCCAACAAUUCGGACCGCCUAUUUGGCUCCAGAAGAAUUGGGUCGGAAUUCAGACAAGCUGGGCUGAAAGACCGGAGUCUCGGAGUAAGGUUUGCUCAGGACUACCAUCAAGAAGAAGAGCAACACAAAAGCCCUGCAUCACGUAGGAGACAAAGCUCAACGGGAAAGAGUACCUAUUGCCCAGUGCAUCUUGUUCCACAUCCCAUGGAGCUUGAUGUAGACUUCACUCGUCGAAUGCAUGUGCGUUCCACUGGCUCUCUUAGUCCAGUCAACAUGUGCGAGCAUCAACGGCAAAGGCCAGAGAAAAGAGCACUGAAGACAUUUAAUACUUUUAAACCCGUGGAAAAAGAAUUUGUUAUUGCUUCUACUUUUAUUGAGGCCAACGGGGGAUCGUCACAGCGCACUGGAAAUGGUUAUUCUGGAAUGCCUCAGCACCAAGAGAACAUUCGUCAAGAAAGAAGUCGAAAUCUGGCCAACGGCAUUCAAGUACACGAGAAGAAAAGAAUACAUAGCCAUGCAACAGAAAUUGCGGCGUUUGUAAAUGGGCAGAGCGACUCGAAGCUCGCGAAGCUCGAACCCGAGGCCCAAGUAACCAGGAAGAUUCGCCGAAAAUUAGUGAGGAAGCCUAAGAAAUACAUCGAAACUCGUCAAGAAAGACCUAAGAGUGAUGGAUCGAUUGCUCACGCCGACGCAUCUUCAAAUCUCAUCGAGUUGUCCUCUCACCACGAAGAACAAACAUCUAUGAACCCAAAAAGGAAAUAUUGCGACUCACUGUAUUCAGCAAUGAAACAGUCACUCAAUUCUCAGGUGAGUUUGCGACCAAAAUCUGGCCAUGGAUCCCGGAGGUCUCUGAUGAGUGGCUCUAGAGAAGGCAAGAGAACGGCGAGUUCAGGCGCAAAACCCUCAAGUCACUCUCGAAGCCAAGGUGGCCUGUCAAAAUUAGAUUAUGAUCAUUCUGGCUUGAACUCUAGUCAACAAAGACUUAGUCAUCGGAACGGAGAGGGUCGCCGCCGACCAAGUUCAACUCGGAAUUUCCGUGCCAGCUCACUCAGAGCUCACCAGAAAGAUUCUCAAUGUCACUGCUCGACAUGUGAUGAGACUAAGGUUUGGCAGUUGGUUUUAAGCGAUAUUUCACUCCUGGCCGCCCGUUUAUCGACUGGAAGCGACGGAGGCCAGCGAGAGCGCAGUCGGUCGAGCCAGAAACGCAAGCGGGAUGUUUUCGAAGAGAACUUGAGACAGGGCAUGGCACACUAUCAUUCGCUGCCAACAAUGCUGUUUUUGGAUUCUAUGGACGACUGGUACAAUUGA